GCUACAUGGAAUGAUAUAGAUAAAGUUAAUGCCGUAGGAAGAAAGGAAAGGGGACUAGCAGUAGUCAAACAGGCUCUAUACAUUUUAGAGUGCAGAGAGAAAAAGAGAGAGCAAAGACCAAACAUAAGUCCAAAAAGACACCAACACAAAAUAAAGGAAAGCUCUAUUGGUGGUAAAGGAUAAAAGGGAUCAUUAACAUACCCUUGUGGCAGAAGUAUAAACUUACCAAGUGAAAGAGAUUUGAUAGAGGGAGAGAACAAAAGGAAACAUAGAAAGAAACUGAUUGAUCGAUAGAAUUACAAGACCGAACUAGAAGAGAACACAGUCAGUCAUUCUGCAUCAAAGGGAUUAAGCUUUGGAGUUUGGAUUCACAUCAGAGGGAGAUGAAAAAGGAAUUAGAUGAUCAAGGACAGUGUUCCUCUCAACCAAUCAACAACAAUAACAACAACAAUAUUCAAAGCUACCAAGAACACCUUCUCCUUCAACAACAGAUGCAUCAGCAUCAGCAUCAGCAGCAGCAGCAAAAUAGUGACAACAUCUUCGGGGGUUCAAGAGGGUUAAUGUUCCCUGAAGUUACUCCAAUCAUGCAACCAUGGUCCAUGCCUCCGGUUCACUCAUUCAACCCGGGUCCGGUUCACUACAACCAUAUUAACACCAACCCUGUCAGAGACCAUCAUGACCAAACGUUUAUAGUCCCUCCCACACCUUCACCCUAUGCGAGCUUCUUCAGCAGAAGGGUCCCUUCUCUACAAUUUGCAUACGAGAGUCCUUCUUCUGAUCUCCACCAUCUAAGGAUCAUAUCUGACACCCUCGGACCUAUGGUUCAACCCGGUUCAGCACCCUUUGGACUCCAAGCCGAGUUGGGAAAAAUGACUGCUCAAGAAAUCAUGGAGGCUAAGGCUCUUGCUGCAUCAAAGAGUCACAGUGAAGCAGAAAGAAGACGUAGAGAGAGAAUCAACAACCAUCUUGCCAAGCUUCGGAGUUUAUUGCCCAACACUACAAAAACAGAUAAAGCUUCGCUGCUAGCAGAAGUGAUUCAGCACGUGAAGGAGCUGAAGCGGCAAACCUCUCUGAUAGCAGAAAGCAGUGCAGUGCCAACCGAGGCAGACGAGUUGACAGUAGAUGCAGCAGACGAAGAUGGAAAGUUUGUGAUCAAAGCCUCACUGUGCUGUGAAGAUAGAUCAGAUCUCUUACCCGACCUCGUAAAAACGUUGAAGGCCUUGAAGCUGAGAACCCUCAAGGCUGAGAUCACAUCGCUUGGUGGGCGUGUGAAGAACGUGUUGGUCAUUGCUGGUGACGAAGAAAGUUCAAACACCAAUGGAGAACAAAGCAUUCAGCAGCAACAACAACAAUACUGUAUUACCUCAAUACAAGAAGCACUGAAGGCAGUGAUGGAGAAGAGUGGUGGUGGAGAUGAAUCAGCUUCUGGGAUUGUUAAGCGCCAAAGGACUAAUAAUACCAAUUUUCUUGAACAAAGAUCUUUGUAAUUGUUCCGAGAGAGACAAAAGGGGUGGAGUUGGUUAAGGAAAGGAGCAGAGAGGAUCUUUUUCGUGGGAACAGAAACCUUAUAUUGAAUCCUAACAUGGAAAAUGAUGCAUUGAUUGCUCUGUAAGAAGAAAAUGAAAAUGGCAUCUGCAUUAAAUUCAAACAUACACACACUAUGUCUGGUGCAGCAACUGGUAGGAGCUGUCAUUGUUUUGUUAUGAAGUAUAUGUUUAGUAUGUUUGUUUGUUUUAUUGUCUUCACUCUCUGUAUUCAGAAAGAGGAGAGAGCGUAGCCUUGCAUCUCAUCAUGACUUUCAAG